GCGGGUCGUAACGAGACACGGCUCACGGCGUGUCUGCCGUUGCUUAAUUGGUGUCGCUAGUGUUGAUUAAGUGCACUUGUCGUCCCCACAACUCUUCCACACAUAAAGGCAGCACAGCAUGGGCUCGUCAAGCAGCAAGCAGUCGUCUGCAAUGACCGUCAUCCCCGAGAAGCAGGAGUACAGCGAGAAGAGCGCCGCCGCCGCCAAGCCAGCUCCGCCACUCGACGGCGUCGAGGCGUUCGAGUCCGUCGACACGGACAUCCUGUCUAAAUGGGACGCGGAGAACGAGCAAGACCCGCGCUUCAACCUCGCCCGCCUCGUGCUGGCCAACGCCGACCCGCUCGACUCGAUCAAGAACCGCCAGGCGGUGAUCAACGACGAGAAGAUCUUCAACGUCAACCUCAAGGGUGUGAACAAGGACGGCGCGUACCCGGGCCCCGUGGUCAACCAGGCUUCGUCGGGCCGCUGCUGGCUGUUUGCUACCACCAACGUCCUUCGUUACAAUGUUGUCGAGCAGCUCAACCUCGGCGACUUCCAGCUCUCUCAGUCGUACCUUUUCUUCUACGACAAGAUCGAAAAGGCCAACUACUACCUCGAGGCCGCGAUCGAGCUCGCCGAUGAGCCCCUCGAGGGCCGUCUGUGGUCGUUCCUCAACGGCUCGCCGCUGAGCGACGGCGGCCAGUGGGACAUGGCGUACAACCUCGUCGCCAAGUACGGUGUCAUCCCGCACACGCUCUUCCCCGACUCGUUCAACGCGGCUUCGUCGCGUACAUUUGUCGGCAUCCUCACCCACAAGUUGAUCGAGUACGGCCUCGCCCUGCGCGCGGCCGCUCGCCCGACGACUCCCGGUGUCGAGCCCGCGUCCUUCGAGACGCUGCGCAAGCUCAAGACGCAGUAUCUCGCCGAGGUCUACUCGACACUCUCCAUCACGCUCGGCACGCCGCCCAAGGCCAACCAGCCCAUCACGUGGGAGUACUAUGACAAGGAGAAGAAGUUCCACAGCUGGACUGGCACCCCGCGCGAGUUCUACACCCAGUUCGGCAUCCGCAAGGGCCUCGACCCCAAGGACAGCUUCUCGCUCAUCAACGACCCGCGCAACGAGUACGGCAAGCACUACACUGUCAGGCUUCUUGGCAACGUCUGGGGCGGACCUCCCGUCAAGUACGUCAACGCGCCGGUCGAGGUGCUCGAGGACGCCGUCAUUGCGGGCAUUAAGGCCAACACGCCGCUGUUCUUCGGUUGCGACGUUGGCAAGUCGCUCGACCGCAAGAAGGGCAUCAUGGACCUCGAGUUGUACAAGGUCGAGGCGGCAUUCGGGUACAAGCUCGGCCUGAACAAGGCCGAGCGGCUCAUCACCCAGAACAGCUCAGCCACACACGCCAUGGUCAUUACCGCUGUCCACGUUGACGCCAACGGCCGCCCCGUGCGGUACAAGGUUGAGAACUCGUGGAGCAAGACGUCGGGCGAGGACGGGUGGUUCAUGAUGACCGCCGACUGGUUCCGCGAGUACGUCUACCAGAUUGUGGCGCCCGCCUCGCUCGUCGACAAGAAGUGGGUCGACGUCCUCAAGCAGAAGGCCAUUGAGCUUGAGCCUUGGGACCCGAUGGGCGCGCUUGCAUAGAGGAGCUGCUUGAGUUGUAGAGCUAUGCACAUUAGUGUGGAGUAGUG